AUGCGGCUUUGGCACGGCAUACUCUUCUGCAAGGAGGUGUUUGACUGGGGCGGCAAUUGCACGCAGGAGUUUGGCUGCAAAAGCCUGUCUGGCAUGCUGGACCCGCCCAAGAUGCCCUGGCACUUCGGCCUGUCCUGGCCAAGCUGGUUGGUUUGGCCGAGCUGGCUUCGCCUUCACAGGCCAGUGCCCGCUGCGGACGCCGCGGACGCCGCGGAAGGCUUCGCCGAGGCCGAGGCCCCGGUUCUGGGAGCCCCUGCGAGACCGGUCUUCCACUACAUCGACCAGUAUAUCACCGUCAGGAGGGAAGAGCCUACGAAGCAUUCUUCAUACGACUGCGUCAGAGGCCGCACCGAUUGGCAGCGCCAGUGGUCCCCUGCACAUCAACGCUUCUGCUGCUACAAGUUCAAUCAAGCAUGCGCUCAAGUCCUGUACAAGAACCAGCACCCGACGGUCACGCACUUCCUUCGGGACCAAGGCCACGACAUCCGAGGGUCGCACGUGGCCCACCACCUCGUGAAUGAAAUGGUGCCUGUGCCCACACGCGGGUUGCUCAAGCGCUACUACAAUUGCGAUGAUCUGGGCAGGAAAUGGUCGCAGACGAAGAAGAGCUGGUGCUGCACAACUGAACACCGGGGAUGUCCGGGAUGGUACGCCGGGGUCUCACAAUGA